AUGCAUCUUCUCUGUCUCGGCGUCAUGAAAGGCCUGAUGGAAAAGUGGAUAGGGAAAAAGAGAAACCAAGCCAAACUGAAGAACGCACAAAUAACCCAAUGGAAAAAAAUAAUGGAUUCAAUUAAACCCAUGAUUCCAAGUGAAUUUCAACGUAAAAAUUUUGAUUUGGAUUUUUGGAAUACAUGGAAAGCUACGCAAUUUCGUUUUGUAUUACUCUAUGGGGGUCCUAUAAUAUUAAAGUAUAUUUUGCCUGUCUCCACCUACAAGCAUUUCAUGCUUUUUAGUUGCGCUUGCCGUAUACUUUUGAGUAAAAAACUUGCUACGACUCAUGUGAAAACUGCUCGCUUGUAUCUACAAAAGUUCGUGCUUUUAAUGCCCAGUAUUUACGGCUCGCGGUGCCACACUAUUAAUGUUCACAAUUUGAUUCAUAUUGCUGACGAUGUGGAAUUCAUGAACGCAGAUUUGUCAGUAUACUCAGCCUUCCCAUUCGAGAGCUAUUUAGGUGUGAUUAAAUAUUUGGUACGCACCCCUAAUAAACCGCUCGUACAAGUUUUGAAUCGUUUAGAAGAGCUCGAUAGUCUUUCCAGCCAGAAGAUGAAACCUCAGAAAAUAAUCAAUCUCAAUAUAUCUGGUAAGAAAUCAUCUACCGAUAAUGUGCUCAAUAAAAUAGAACUGAAUGGACCGAUUCUAAGCAAGACUUGUCCAGAUAAUAUUGUACGGCUGAAGAGCGAAACGUAUAUGAAGAUUGAUGAAAUUUUAAUAAGUAAAACGGAUGAUUCAACCAUAAAUAAAUUACAUUUGCGAGGUCGUGUCAUAAAAUGCAGAGGUAGUGCUUUCAAUUAUCCUCAAAAAUCUGUUUUUUUUGGAAUCAUAGAACUGGGAGCUACUGUUGAAGCAACAAAGAUCAUAAGUAUAGACAAAGUUUUGAAUAAAGUUCUGUUAUUAAAUAUUGAAGGGAAACAAUUUGGUCUCAACUUUUUGCACGCAUAAACCAGCCCCAGCGUAGAUGAAGGAUGUAGAAGAUUUACCUGUUGGACUCUUUUUGUUUUUUAUGGCGGUCGCUACCUGGAUCACUGGGGCCCAGACGCGUCCUACGAAAGGUUCUGGCGUGGGAAUUCCCCGGAUUUAAUCCGGGAAAUUUACCUAUUCGAAUUGGUGCUACUUAAGUUUUAAGGGAAAAAUAAGCAUUCCAAUUUUUACGGGCAUAAAUCUACCCC